AUCUCCACUAAUGGAGUGAAAAUACAGUUUCUCUGGAGCUUAGAAGUAGCAAAAGGUUAAAUUGGCGAAAUCGAGCAGCCAACACAGACUGAGGACAGACACACGAACAGGAGCGUGCAGAAAUGUCUCCCUUCGAAAAUAAAGGACUCGUACUGGGUAUAAUGGCAGGGACUGCUGGAUUAAGCCUGGUGGUGGUUUGGUACCGCAAGAUCCGAAAACGCGGGGCAGCUGUGCGUGUACGUGCAUUCCAGGGUAUAGGUAACAGACUUAAUUCUGUGGGCUUGCAAAAUGAGGCUCCUAAUGAGCAAGGAGCGGUGAUGGUUUUACAUGGGAGGCAACUGCAGAUAUUAGAAAAAUUGAAUGGCCUGCUACUAAGUGUGGACGAACUGAAGAGAGAGGUGGAAUUUCUGAAAGAAGCUAUUCCAAAGCUUGAAGAGCUUGUUCGAAAUGAGCUUCAAGGGAAAGGUGGUGUUCAGAGAGUUAGCCCGUCACACAGAGCAACAAGGCGGAGAAAAGCUGAGACAACUUCUGGUGCAAGAGAAACUACCAGCUCUGAGGAGGCGGAAAGUGAAGGAGGUUAUCUUACAGCUCAUACUGAUUCUGAAGGAGACUCUGAGGAAGAAAAGAGAUGUAUGAAGCCACCUGAUGCCAUGGUGAAAUCAGAAGAAGAAGAAGAGUUGUUUAAUUUUUUACAGCAGGUGGACAAUUUGCACAAGGGUUCAGAGGAUGAUAAAAAGAAGGGCUUCAGACUGCUGCUUGAGAAAGAUAACAAGUAUGAAAACUGCGUGGACUUUCUGUGGAGACUUGCACGUGCUUAUGGAGAUCUGUUUGAGAUGACUACUGAUGCUGAGGAGAAGAGGAACUAUGUUAUUGAUGGAAAGAUUAAAGCUGAAAAAGCUGUUCAGCUGGAUGAUGGGAGUGCUGAGAGUCACCAGUGGUUUGCAAUUAUGUGUGGCUAUAUGUCUCAGUUUGAAAGUGUACAAAACAAAAUCAGGAAUGGUUAUCUCUUUAAGGAGCAUCUAGACAAGGCGAUUGAACUUAAGCCUCAAGAUCCCUUUUUAUAUUACCUCAAUGGAAGAUGGUGUUAUUCAGUAGCUCAGUUGUCUUGGAUUGAAAAGAAGGUAGCUACUGCUCUCUUUGGGACUCCACCAACUUCAACAGUAGAAGAAGCACUGCAGAAUUUCCUUAAGGCAGAAGAAAUGCAUCCAGGAUAUUCCAAAUGCAAUUAUGUGUAUUUGGCAAAGUGCUACAAAGAUCUUGGCCAGAAAAACAAUGCACUGAAGUACUGUGAUUCUGCACUGUCAAUUCUCUCAGUUACUAAUGAGGAUAAAGAGGCCCAGAAAGACUUAGAGGCUUUACUUCUCACUCUGAAGCUCUGAUACCACGUACUUUUUAACUCUUCAUGCUGUAACAAAAUUGCAAAACUAAAAUGAGAAUCUACAGGGGCUGGAAACUGCAAGUGAAUUUCAGCUAAGUCAAUGGGAAAACAGUCAUUGAUUUUGGUUGGCAUGGAUCAUGGCCUUUAAGCAUUUGGCGAUUAUGAUAUGAAAAUAAUACACUGAUUUUUGAUUAUUUAUAAUCUUGUUCUGAAGUGUAAUUUUAGAUUGCUGACACUGUGAGUCUGAUUCUCUGAGCAUGAAGUCCACUGCUGGCAAUGGACAUACUGGGGAUUAGAAUGCAAAAUGCAUAAAUCUCACUCUUUGAAAGAUUAAUCAAUUAGUACGUGAUGCCAGCAUAGAACUGUGUAUAGCAUAAACAAACAAUGUUUCUAUAGUAAAUUAUAUUUAUAUCAACCAAUUUACACAGAUGUGUACAGAAGAAAAUCAUGAAUAUUUAUGUUUACACAUUUCUCUACUCUUAUAAAAUUAUAAUCUUGUUGAAGUUAAAGAAAGCUCUUGCCUCCACAAAACUCUUUUUACUUUAAACCUACUGUUCAUUUUACAUUGAAAUGGGAAAAUUUUAUAAAUUAAAUAUUAAAGCUUUAAUUUAUUUGUAACAUCAAGUACAGUAUUAAAGAUCAGACCAAUGAAAUUACGUGGUUUAGAUUAAUAUGUGUGACAUUUAAUGGAUUAGUAUCAAGACUUCCAUCAAGUUUGUGAAUUCUGGCUCUUUCUCUUUGAAGAGUUGCCUUGCGUGGUGGCAUCAGUGUGUCUUUGGAAAACCUAGUCCAACAUGUGUCCAUCAUUAGCCUUUUAUAUCAUUUAUGUAGCAUAACCUGUAGAUAAAAAUAGACUACUUAAAGACCUACGACUUCUGUCUGAGUGUGCAGGACAGCAGUGCUUGCAAUAAAAUGUAACAGCUGGGGAAAGAAUUUCCAUUCACCACUGGACUGAUCCAGAAUUCACCAAAGUCUGUAAAAGAAUAAAAGCCAAUUUUCACUGUCUUUUAAUUCAGGAUCUUAAUUUAGAUGCAGGGAAUGUAGCUGGAAUAAGUAUGCAUUUUUGUUAAAGGAAAUAAAAUUGGAUAAGGACAACUACAUAUUCCUGCGAUCUAUUUGAUGUGUGAGAUAACAUGGUUUAUGGCAAAAACAAGGAGAUCUUCACAAAUUGAAAUAUGCAUUUUAAUUGGUUUUAAUGUUUAUUCUGUGGAAAAAUAGUUUCUAUACAUCUUUCUCAAUUCAAGAAUGCUUUUAUUUUAAUGCACAAUUUCAGAGAGAAGGGGAAAUACCAUGAAAGAUAAAUCCCAUCAAACAGUUUCUUCUGUGACAGAAUGUUUUGAUUCACACAGAAUAAUUGACUUGUGAACGUAGAAGCUGGAAAAGUGACACAAAAGACUUUACCAAAGGGGCUUUUGGUAAAGUCUACUUUUGACAUUUUCAUAGCCAGUGUAGAAAGCAUAGUUUAAAUGGAUCUACAAGAGUUAUUUGUGCUAGGGUUGUUGUUAACAAUUCACUCUCACCUAGGAAGAUGUAAUAAGAAGGCCUUUACUUAAGUCAGUUUUAUGCUAAUUUAUAUGCUUUAUAAAACAAAUUGGAUUAUGCAAUAGAUACCUCAUUUACAAGUAAUUAUUGAUUAUAAAGCCUGAAAGUGUAUCAGAGGAAUAGAUUACAGCAAGAAGUUAUUUAAAUUAGUUGCUGAAAUUAGGUAACAUAAGUAGGAUUUGCUUUAGUAAGGGCAAAUAUAAGGUGUUGAAUUCAAGUAAAUAACAGAAAGAGGAUGGAGGAGACCUAACUAGUUAUGGCAAUUCUGUUGAAAAGGACAUGCGUAUUCCAGUGAAUGGCAAAUUAAUCAUGGGUCAAUAAUGUCAUGUUUUUGUGAAAAAGCAUAUUUCAUGCUAGACUGAAUAAAUAAGCAUAUCCCAUUAAAUUCACAUGAAAUAACCUUUUACUCUAAUUAGGCCUAAUAAGGUCUAAUGAGGUCUGAGCUGGAAUACUAUAUCUGGUUUCAGGCACCACACUUCAGGGAGGUUGGGGGCUAGUUGGAAAGAGUCCAGUGGAGAGAGACAAGAAAGAUGAGAGUGCUAGACAAGAUUAUUUUGUAUGUAGAAAUUGAAAGAAUUUGGUGUGUUUAGUCUGUAGGAGCAAGGACUAAAGGAGUAUUGACAUUUUUAAAAAGCUAUUGCAGAGAAGACAGUAAAAAAACAACCCCAAACCUUGUUCUCCAAACUCCGUGUUCAUGGAACAAGAGGUAACUGCCUACCUUCAGAUUAAGCAUUAGGAGAAAAUAAUCCUGGCGAUAACUAUGCAAAGCCCUGCAAUACAUUUUCUGAGAAUAUUAUAAGAUCAUUCACUUAAAUUUUAAUAUAAAAGUUAAAUAAGACUUUAAACAUUGGCAGUGCUUUAGACACAGUUCAUCCUCUGGCAGAGGUUGGACUAGAUGACUUCUUAACAUCCCUCCUGGCCUUGCCAUCCCUGGGAAGUGCAUGAUUCCAGAUCCCUAUGAGCCACAGGCACUCCUGCUGGGGUUCAGAAGUUGGUGGGCUGUUUGCACACGCUGGCUCUGCAUUUGGGCCCAGACUAAGGAAUGAGUUUGUACUCUGAAACAUUUACCAGCAUGUUUCAAGGCUUGAAGUUAAAGACAUGCAUCAUAUCUGCCCUUGACUAUAUUUAUCACAAAUGUGGUUUUAAUCCACAGGGUCACACUUUUAAAUAAAAUUUCUGAUUUUAUAAAUUAAAUUACCCAUCUUUCUUUCUAGCCUUCUGAAUUAAACCCAUUCUUCUGUUUUAAUUUUGGCUCACUACUAGUCUAUGUGUGGAAUUACAAAGUAACAUCUGAGAGAGAAAAGGCUGGUUUUAAUUAUUCAUUCUAAGUUGUCUUUGAUAGUUCACAGAAAUAUUCCUCACACAGGUAAGACACUGCUGGUUUAUGCAGCUAAGAUAUUUUGUGCUUUUAACAGUUUUAUUAGUUAGUGUACAUGAGCAUUCUCAGUUUUUUUGUUUCCACUUUGCUAAUCUGAGAACUUUUAAAAUUGAAGCAUGUUCCCUAAAUUGUUCCCUAAUUGCUCCUUGAAAUAAAGCUUUUGCAUUUAGUUGUAGGCCUAGGCUAUCUGUUCUCUGUGUCAUACCAGCUGGAGAAAAAGCAAGCAUAGCUCCAGAGGGCCAUAUGUUUUCUUUUUUCUUUAAAAUAUCCACAAGCAGACAGUCACUUCCGUAGUUUUGUCUCCAUGGAGGAACUAGAUUCUGUGAUUCUCUGAGUCUGUAUUAACCCCUGCAGGCUUUUAAGCCAUAUGGAACAGAUGGGACUACAGGCUUCCUGAAGCCAUGGUGCCUGGGCUGUGGUACCCACAACUCCUUCACUUCUUCUACUGUGGCAUCUCGUUUGGUCUCUGCUCCGGUACAAACACUGUAAAUUACCUGGCAGAAUUUGUCUCUUUACAUACUUUUAAAAGGUGAGUUCUGGGGGCCUUGGUCUGGUACCAGGAUUCAUGUGCUUCAUUACAGUUAAAACUACUAGUUCUGCCUUCCUUGAUAAUUGACAUAAUUUUUAUUUCUUGUGUAGCUAAGUGUUCUGUCACUGAAUCCUGAUCCCUUUGUGAUUAUCUCCCUGCAACAGCAGGUAAUCAUGAAGCAAGUUAUAAAUUUUUUGUAGCAAUUGGCCACAGACACAUUGUGGAAAUGGUUACAGUGAUACACUGUCAUACUACUUGUUUAAAUUACUCUCUUUUCUUUUGCUGAGUGGGGAUGAGAUACUCCUUUCUGUGUAGUAAUAUCAAUACACUGAUUUCUGAAUUGGGAAGCUUUCCUGCAGUGGUGAGUAGCUGAUGAUUGAAAGGGACAAGUCCUAUGCCCAAUUAAAAAAAGAAACCACCUAAAUCCACACCUACAACCCUGUUAUUAUGGUAGUAAAAGCCUGAACUAAAAAACCCCAAACAAACAGAAAAACAAAAAAACUAAACCAACACUGAAACCAAAGCAUCAACAGAAGAAAUCGAUGAAAAAGUGGCUACCAGACAUCCAGUCAUGUUCAACCCAAACAUAUCAGCUUAUCUGGAUCUACUUAUCUUCGGCCAUCACUACCUGAACACCUUCUACCUGAAGUACCUAGGAGUGUAGGGAGGUAUUGUGAAUUCCCGGAAGAUACGUGGGUUUUCUGGAAUUUUCCUGGACAGAGUGUCCAACAGUGGUAGUGGAGGGUAGUCCUGUGGUCGGUGUUCUUUCUUCAGUGUGCACAAUAGUGCAUUCCAUCUACUCCAAAUCACAAAAUCCUACGGUACUGUGACAAAAUUGUAUUGCAGCAUUCAGCCAGUGCAAACUCAAGAAGGAGUAGCUCUGAAGGGCCAACGUUGUUGUUUGCUUUUUUUUCCUCUGUACAUUCUUCUUUUCCAGCACUUCUGCUUCUUACAGACUUCCAAGUUCCUUGGAGAAGAAACAAUCAAACUGUCUUGACAAUACAAAAAGAAGUAAGCUUUUCUGGCCCUGUCUAUGUUUGUGUAACCCAUGCAUGUGUGAUGCUGGGAAAUGAAGCACUGAAACUAAGAAUGUGAAACAUUAAUAAUUCUUUUGGAGGAAAUAUUUUACUCAUUUCAUUAAAAUAAACAACCAGUUAUUCUAAAAGUA